AUGGCUUCCCGUUCACUGAGUCGGCUUCUUUCACUAAGGCCUGCCAUACAAAAUGUAUCCCGAGCCACAUAUGGCCAACAGGCGACUUUGCAGAGUCAGCAAGUACCAGACUGGACGGGACAGGAAAUACUCUCAGAGGUAGACCCUGAGAUUCUCUCACUGAUCAGGGAGGAGAAGCAACGACAAGUUCGAGGUCUUGAACUCAUUGCCUCAGAGAACUUCUGCCCCCAGGCUUCGCUCAAUGUGCUCAGCUCAUGCCUCCACAACAAGUAUUCCGAGGGCCUGCCUGGAAACAGAUAUUACGGAGGAACAGAAGUCAUUGAUAAAGUUGAGCGGCUGUGCCAGAAACGUGCCUUGGAAGCCUUUGAUUUGGACCCGGAGAAAUGGGGAGUCAACGUUCAGCCGUAUUCUGGAUCGCCAGCAAACUUGGCAGUGUAUACGGGGCUGCUGGCCCCCCACGAUCGCAUCAUGGGGCUGGACCUACCACAUGGCGGACAUUUAACUCACGGCUUCAUGACAGACACCACCAGAAUUUCAGCCACUUCCAUCUUCUUUGAGUCCAUGCCGUAUCGACUGGAUAUCAAGACUGGUCUGGUAGACUAUGACAAGUUGGAGGAGACCAGUCGCUUGUUCCGCCCUCGGCUCAUCAUCUCUGGAUACAGCGCAUACCCUCGCAGGCUAGACUACAAGAGAUUUAGAGAGAUCUGCGACGGAGUCAAGGCAAUCAUGAUGUCGGACAUGGCACACAUCAGCGGUCUCGUGGCUGCCAAAAUUCUCCCUUCGCCGUUUGACCACUCGGACAUCGUGACAACCACAACGCACAAGACCCUCAGAGGGCCAAGGUCUGGCCUCAUCUUUUUCCGUCGCGGUAAGAAGGGCGUCAGUAAGAAGACUGGCAAAGACAUCAUGUAUGACUACGAGAAGAGGAUCAACCAUGCUGUCUUCCCAGCGCUGCAAGGAGGUCCUCAUAAUAACAACAUUGGAGGAGUAGCUGUGGCUCUCAAACAGACAAUGACUCCUGCGUUCAAGGAGUACCAACGUCAGACUGUCCUGAAUGCGAAAACCAUGGCUCAGGCACUUCUGGCCAAGGGAUACUCUCUUGUCUCAGGAGGGACUGAGAAUCAUCUGGUACUGGUGGAUCUCCACUCCAAGGGAGUGGACGGUGCCCAGGCCGAACACAUCCUAGAACUCUGUGCUAUAUCUGUCAACAAGAAUACUUGCCCUGGGGACAAAAGUGCUCUACAUCCAAGCGGCCUCCGACUCGGAUCACCUGCACUGACUUCUCGCAACUUCAAGGAAGGUGAUUUCUUGCAAGUGAUAGACUUCAUCGAUCGCAGCAUCGCCAUCGGGCAGGAAGCCAAGAAAAUCUCUGGUGCUAACAACAAAGUCUACUAUGAGGUCGUGGAAACCAACAAGGAGUUUCUGAAGAAGAUCGCCAAACUGCGUCUGGAGGUUGAGGACUUUGCUGCGCAGUUUCCCAUGCCAGGAUAUGACAACUUUUAGUUUUGCCUAGAAUCAUUCCAGUGAGACUUACAUGAGUGAAAAAUCUCACUCUCCUGUAUAUUACAAUGUUAUCACUCAUUCAAUGAGUGUUAGCUUUGAACAGUGUUAUCUCAUUAUAACUCAUUUCCAUUUCCAUGUGGUAACUCGCGAGAGAAAAAAAAAUUGUCAUUCGCUCAAUAACCAAUAUUUCUGAAAUCUGCGGGAGUACGGUAAAGAACAGCAUGUACAUGAACAGCUCAAGCACAGGACCCACCUUUAAUACAGCUUCUAAACACACAAACUUUGCUCUGCAUAUUGCAGGUAAAUUGCACAUGUUUACGAAAGGUGUGUGUGUGUGUAUUAAGUCCAUACAAGCGCAGUGUGUGAACUGAUUGUAUUCGUGAUCAAUAUUUCACCAUCGGCUUUGCCAUCACAUCAUUUGUGGAUUGAAUUUU